AUGGCGUUCCUUGAUCUGUCAAACCGUCUCUCCGGACGAUGGCUUCUCGCUUUCGUCACCAUCGCUAAUGCCUGUUCAAUGGCUUGGUUUGGCUACGACCAAGGUGUUUUCUCCGGAGUCAUCAUCUCAGCCGAUUUUAAAAAGCACUUCCCCGAGACAUCCAAUGCAAACACUUCCGGAAUAACGACCAGCUGUUUCUCUCUAGGGGCAUUCUUCGGCGCCAUCUGCGCUUUCACCAUCGGCGACAAGCUUGGUCGGAAGAAAACCGUCGCCCUGGGACUCUGUUUCAACGUCAUUGGCGCCAUUCUGCAAACAGUUUCGUGGCAUCUACCGCAGAUGAUUGUUGGUCGUAUCAUUAAUGGCUUUGGGAUGGGGCUAACGUCGUCCACUUGCCCUGUCUACCAGGCAGAAUGCUCAAGUCCACGAUCACGUGGGAAGCUUGUCGUGGUGGGAUCGCUAUGUAAUACAGCUGCUUUCUGUCUUGCCAGUUGGAUGAAUUAUGGCUUGUAUUUUCAAGGUAGUGCACUACAAUGGCGUUUCCCGCUUGGCUUUCAACUGAUAUUCCCCGUCAUCGUGGGAAUUGCACUGGUGCUCAUCCCAGAAUCGCCUCGCUGGCUCCUCCUCAAGGAUCGUCCAGAAGAAGCAAUCCAGGUGAUCGCACGACUCGAAGGCCCAAAUGUUGAGAUCACGAACCCAGAUGUCAUGGCACAAUUUCUAUCCAUCCAGGCAGCCCUUCAAGAGGAGCGCAAAGACCGUCUUCUUGCGAAGGAUGUUCUCCGUUGUCGCGAUAAAAACCAGACGCUCCGCCGGCUACUUCUCUCGUGCGGUACACAGUUUAUGCAACAAUUUAGUGGCGUGAAUGCUUUAGGCUACUACCUCCCGACUCUCUUGCAGCAGAGUGUUGGUCUGGAUGAGGAAACAAGUCGGCUUUUGACGGCUGUCAAUGGAACGAUAUAUCUCUUUGCCGCGUGUUGUUGUCUGAUUAUAAUUGACUGGUGUGGUCGAAGAAAGUUGAUGCUUUAUGGCUCUGUCACUAUGGGCGCAUGUUACCUGAUUGCAUCGAUGUGCCUAAAAGAAGCCGAGAGUGACCCAUCUCGGAAGCAAUUACUUGGUCGCGUUACAACAGCCAUGUUCUUCCUAUACUACUUCUUCUACGGCACCAGCUUCGCCAAAGUUCCCUGGGUAUACAACUCAGAGGUCAACUCAUUGGGCUGGCGCACACGUGGCGCAGCUGCUGCCACAGCCACGAACUGGAUGGGCGGAUUCAUUGUUACGCAGUUCACCAAAGUCGGGGUUGAUAAUUUGCACUGGCGAUUUUAUCUGAUGUUUGCAAUCAUCGUCUGGGCGUAUUUCCCCGUCGUCUUCUGUUUGUAUCCUGAGACAUCGCAACGGACGCUCGAAGACAUGGACGAGAUCUUCAUGGAGCAUCGGUCAGUGAUAGUAUGUGGGAACCGGACGUUGACGCAGCGCGCUCGCCCAGUGGAACUUGUUCAGGCUGAACAGCGACGUAUCGCAGAGGAACAAAAUGUGAUGCAAAAGGGGGCGAAGGGGGAGACGGUAGUGAGUCAUGUUGAACAGGUUUAG